UCCAGGCAGCAGAGCCGGGGGCAUUGGAGGUAGCUAUGAAGCUCGAAUUUGCGAGUGGCCAGGAUCUGAUCAGCAGCAUGGCAUGGGCAGAGGACACAGCCGAGGAUUCCUGCGUGCUGGUGACCUGCUCUGCGGAUGGAACCGCAGUGCUGUGGCGGGUCUCGAGGGACUUGUCGAGUACCACGCGUCUGUGUGUGUUGGGGAGCGCUGAUAUGCGGCAGUUCACAGUGUGCCAGGCAGCGCCCGAUACGAUUGUGCUAUGCAAAGCUCGGCACGGCUUUCGUGGUGGAUGUGCACAAUCCCACGGCGCCUGCUGUAGUGCGUCUGGGUGUGAGCGAUUCAGUCACGAGCUGUGCGGUGGACAAGCAGCGUGGCCGCAUAUACAUUGGGUCGCUUGAUUUCAGCAUCUUUGUUCUUGAGAAGACUGGCGCUGGGUGGGUGCGGAGCUUGUCCGAGGAGACCCAGCUGAGAGGCGGCCUCCGGAGGACUGUGGAGGACUCGUUCACAACGCCGUUUGUCAUGGCACGUUUGCAACUGCGUGGAUUGCACAUGUCGCCUUGCGGCCGCAGGCUGAUGUUUGUGGCAGAUGACCAGACGAACUGGAGCAUUGGGUCGGAUGGACAGGGGGUGACGAGAAUCCACUUGCACCAGUUUGACGACUGGACGGACGCAGCGGCGGAGCUGGCGCUCAAGGAGGCGGUCGGGCAGGACGACGUGUGGGCGGUGGUGUGGGACCUGUUCAGCGGGCUGUCGGAGGCGCGCGUGAUGGGCCUUGUGCAAGCAUUGCUGGAUGUGUCUGGCUCGCAUGGGCAGCAGCUGUAUAUGCUCAAUAUGAUCGGGGCAAAGUGCAAGGCAGGUUAAAACAGCAGCCAAAAAGGCACGAAAGAAAAAACGUGACAGCCCACUGCACUUACUCGGCGUUUGCACUAUUUUGUAGGGCGAGCAGGCGACCCAGCUGCUGAGGGGCGCACGAGGCGACGCGCUGGACACUCAUGUGCAGGCGCUGUUCUCGUACAUCCAGGACACGCUAGAGGCGGGAUUUGUGCUGGAAGACGGGGAUAAUGAGUACCUGAAACACGUCAGCUGGGCAGUUCACGAACCAGUGUUUUCAGACAUUGUUGGCGACUUGCCUGACGUGCUGUGCAGGACAGAAAAUGAUGCCGAGGCGCAACAGUGCCCAAUCUGCCACAGCGGUAAUGUAUCAGUGACAUGGGUGUGGGAUUGGCGCGGAUGCCGGGCGUGAUGACACUAAGCAUA